UUGUGUUUUUAUUUCAUGUUUUCCACAAGGUUCAUGACUGCAAAAUGCAGCUUUUCCUCCUAAGCUGCUUGCUGGCUUCUUGCUGUCGCCAGGCUGGGGCAGUGAACCGGGAGUAUUACAUCGGAAUUACGGAGACAGAGUGGAACUACGUGCCUGGCAAUACCAAUGUCAUCUCCGGACAGCCCUUUGCAGACGAAGAGAAGGCUGGAGUCUUCCUCGAAAGAGGACCACAAAGAAUAGGAAGCACUUACAAGAAGGCUGUCUACACUCAGUACACCAAUCAUUUGUAUGACGAGAUAGUUGACAAGCCUUCCUGGCUGGGCUUUUUAGGUCCUAUCAUUAAAGGAGAAGUUGGAGAUUCCAUUAUUAUUCACUUGAAAAACUUUGCUUCCAGAAGCUACUCACUGCAUCCACACGGUGUAAGAUACACAAAGGAAAAUGAAGGUGCUUUUUAUCCUGACAACACCAAAGAUUUGCAAAAGAAGGACGACGCUGUGGAGCCUGGAGGCCACUACACUUACACAUGGGACGUGACGGAAGAUCAAGGCCCAGCCAAGGGAGAUGCAGACUGCAUAACCAGGGUUUACCACUCCCACAUAGAUGCUCCAAGAGAUGUUGCCUCAGGCCUUGUUGGGCCCUUAAUAAUUUGCAGGAAAGAUACGAUUAAUAAUAGCAGCAACGAUAAACACUUUGAUGCUGAAUUUAUCCUUAUGUUUUCUGUGAUGGAUGAAAAUCUCAGCUGGUAUUUAGAAGACAAUAUCAGGACAUACUGCUCUGACCCUUCCAAAGUUGACAAAGAUGACGAGGACUUCCAGGAAAGCAAUAAAAUGCACUCGAUCAACGGGUACAUGUAUGGAUACCUCCCAAACCUCACAAUGUGUGUGGAUGAUAAGGUGAAAUGGUAUCUUUUCGGCAUGGGUAAUGAAGCUGAUAUCCAUUCAGCCUACUUCCAUGGACAGACCUUAAUAGAAAGGCAUCAUCGAGUUGACACCAUCAACCUCUUCCCAGCCACCUUUAUUGAUGCUGUCAUGAUACCAAGGAGUCCUGGGGAAUGGCUGCUCAGCUGCCAAGUGAACGACCACAUCGAAGGUGGCAUGCAGGCUCUUUUUAGAGUAGAAGAUUGUAGGAAAUCCACAACAGAUCACAAUGAGUGUACAAAGACGAGAGAGUACUUCAUUGCUGCUGAAGAGAUCAUCUGGAAUUAUGGCCCAUCUGCAACAAACCGUUUUACAGGAGAAGAACUAAUCGCCGACAGUGAAUCUCAAGUAUUUUUUGAACAAAGCGAGACAAGAAUUGGUGGCUCUUAUAAAAAAGCCAUUUACAAAGAAUACACAGAUGGUUCUUUCACCCAACAUAAAGAGAGACUCCCAGAAGAAGAACAUCUUGGACUCCUAGGACCUGUUAUCAAGGCUGAAGUGGGUGAUUGUGUCAAGGUGACCUUCCGGAACAAUGCCAGCCGCCCGUUUAGCAUUCAGCCCCAUGGUGUGAGUUACCGCAAGAGCGACGAGGGGGCAUCGUACGGCGCCGCCUCCGGAGCAGGUUCUGAAUCUCCAUCCUCUCACGUGAGUCCUGGUGCCACGUUUACAUACGAGUGGAACGUGCCAGAAGACGUGGGUCCCACAGACCAAGAUCCAGACUGUUUAACCUGGAUUUAUUACUCAGCUGUGGAUGCGGUCAGAGACAGCAGCUCUGGCCUUGUGGGUCCUCUCUUGGUGUGCAGGAAAGGAGCUCUGCUUCCUUCUGGGAAACAGAAAAAUGUGAACAUGGAGUUUUUUCUGCUUGCCACAGUAUUUGAUGAGAAUCUGAGCUGGUACUUGGAUGACAAUAUUUUGAUGUUUACACUAAAUCCUAAUAAAAUUGACAAAGACGAUGAGGACUUCCAAGAGUCUAACAAAAUGCACUCCAUUAAUGGUUACAUGUAUGGAAAUCAGCCUGGUCUUGAGAUGUGUAAAGGAAGUGUGGUUUCCUGGCAUUUGAUGGGCUUGGGGUCAGAAGUCGAUAUCCACGGGAUAUACUUUUCAGAAAACACAUUCGUAACUAAAGGAACAAGAAGGGACACGGCAAACCUGUUCCCACACACCUUUGUCACAGCUAUUAUGAAGCCUGAUUCAGAAGGAGUUUUCGAAGUGUCCUGCCUGACGACAGAUCAUUACACGGGGGGCAUGAAACAGAACUACCAAGUGAAGAAGUGCCACUGGUGGAAUGUGGAUGUAUCGAUGUAUUUGCAUGAAAAGACUUACUAUAUUGCAGCCGUGGAAGUUGAAUGGGACUAUUCUCCUAACAGGACAUGGGAAUUUGAGCGGCAUCAAUACCAUGAGGAAAGCCCUGGCAAUCCAUUUUUAAAUAAAGGAGACAAAUUCAUUGGCUCAAAAUACAGAAAGGUAGUAUAUCGUGAGUACACUGAUCAGACAUUCAGUACUCCCAAACCCAGAGCAGAGGAGCAGCAGCAUCUGGAAAUUCAAGGGCCACUGCUUACGUCAAAUAUUGGAGAUAAAAUUAGAAUUGUUUUUAAGAACUUGGCUUCCAGACCUUAUUCCAUACACGCCCACGGAGUGAAAACAGACAGUUCUGUUGUACCCGUAACGAACCCAGGUGAAACAAAAACAUACAUCUGGAAAAUCCCAGCGAGAUCCAGUCCUGAGACAGGAGAUCCUUGCUGCAUUGCAUGGGCGUACUAUUCCACGGUGGACAUCGUUAAGGACACUUACAGUGGAUUGAUAGGCACGCUUGUUGUGUGCAAUAAACAUUAUUUGCCAUCGUUUCAUACUAAAAAGAAAGUCCAGUUCGCUCUGCUUUUUAUGGUUUUUGAUGAAAAUGAGUCAUGGUACUUGGAUGAAAACAUUAAAACCUAUUCUAAAAACCCACAACUUGUUGACAAAGAGGAUGAGGAAUUCCUUGAAAGUAAUAAAAUGCACGCCAUCAAUGGAAAGGUGUUUGGCAAUUUGCAUGGUCUGACCAUGCAUGUUGGAGAUAAAGUAAGCUGGUAUUUGAUGGGAAUGGGCAAUGAAAUAGAUAUUCACACAGCCCACUUCCACGGCCACAGCUUUGACUACAAGCAAACAGGGGUUUACCAGGCAGACGUCUUUGAUCUACUCCCUGGGACAUUCCAAACCGUAGAAAUGACCCCACUGAACCCUGGGACGUGGCUGUUGCACUGUCACGUCACUGACCACAUCCACUCGGGCAUGGAAGCAACCUACACCGUGCUCCCAAGGGAAAGCAGGAGCUUCUCUACUUUAGCCCAACGGUUUUUCUUCCCAAUCAGCUCAAGGGCAAAGCUACGGCAGGAACGUUAGAAUGAUGAGAACAUUUUAUCACAGUGAUUCUCUAAGAUCUACCUUCAGUGAAGCAUUUCUUGAGAAAUAACCUCUCCUGGACAAUCCAUCUCCAUGAAGAUUUCAUUUGGUGGCCCACGGCUAAUAAGAGUCAGAGACUGAGACAGCUGAAUGGAUUUAACAGCUUAUAAAUGUCUUUUUUUCUGAAUUAAAAUAGUAUCUUACAAGCUAAACAUCGACUAGAUGAUGGCUAAUGCAUGGUAUUUAACUGCUGAGGAACAGGGAAGAGCCAAAUGAAAUGUACUUUCCUUUUUUUUUUGUUUAUGUUUGUACAUAAUCCUGUGUAACAGCAAAAUUUGUUUUAGUUACCUGCUGUCACAUUUUACCCAUCAGGUAGGGUGGUAGUUGUUGCUUGGAAAACAGGAAUGUGUUUAUCACUUUAUGCAUAGGUUUGCAUUUAAAAUUUAUCUACUAUCAUUUAAUUGAAGAGCUGACAAACUGGAGCAAUAGUUCCAUGAUUUCUGUGGAAUGAUUUUAUAAUUUUAUCCGGUCGACAUCUUUCAAGAGAGUGAAUUGAACGAUGGAAUGGCUGAGGGAUCACGGCUGCACAAGAAGUUUUUGGUUUUCUGUUAUGAAAAUAAUUACAAGACGAAGUCCUGUUGAAAUAAGCCUGAUGAAACUCAGGCAGCACAGGGCAAAAAUUGGUGACUAUUCUGCCCGAGAGCUUUGCUCUGGUGACUCUUAAUAGCAGAAUUAUCUUGCUGUUAGUGAUGCAGUGCAGACCGAGGCCAAUUAAGCAUUUCUUGACAGAUGGAAGCAGCGGUGUCAGUGCGUGACUGAUGCUGGUCAAAAAUGAGAGCCGCAAGAGCAGGUAUGGUCGUGCUGCCCAGAUGUGUUUUAAGAGCCCAACGCCAUCGAUGUUAGACCUGUGCCAAACUAGAGGGAAGGAUGCGUGGGACAAGAAGGUGAAGCAAAACAUUCAGGCCUUACAGCUACCAGAAGAAAUGGAAGUCAUUUCUUUGUAACAAAUCUAAAUCACUUUGGCCUUCUUUAAGGUAGAAAGAGACUGCUGAAAUCAGGAAAGUAGGUGAUUGAU